UUAGCUUCACUUCAAAGUAGAUGGAUGUUAUGUGGUGCUUUCGACCUUUCAGUAUUUGACGAUUUUAGAGCAUGGCUCAAUGUUAGUAGUCAACACUAUGGAUUUGUCGUAAAACGAUGGGACGGUCUGGAUACGAUACAACAGGUUCAUGGACAGAUGAAGAUCCCGAAACGCCAUACUCAAUCUGUUCCGCAGAUUCACCAAAUUUAGAAGAAGAGCACCCGUUAAUUCAGUUGAAGGAUUCGUUCCUGCAGGCGAUCAUGGCGGCGUAUAUGCAGCAGGUUGGGGGCCGUAAGCAGGAUGAGAAUGACCAAACAAUUGAUAACAGAGAGAUAUACCUCGGGCCGGCAGAGCACGAGGGUGAUGGGGAGGAUCGUCCACGAAAGCGUGGUCGUCCAUCGGAAGAUAAGCAAAGCCAAAAAUCUAUUACAAGGCGGCGAGCACAGGACCGCAAGCUAUGGCUCGCUUGUCCGUUCGCCAAAAAGGAUCCAAUCAAGUAUCGUGAUUGUUACCGGUACUUUCUUGGUAGGGUUCGCGACGUUAAACAACAUCUGACACGUUGUCAUCGCAAACCCCUCUAUUGUCCAACAUGCAACGAGACCUUUGAGGAUGAAGACGAUAGGGACUCGCACAUAAGAUCCCAAAGCUGUACUGAGAGGUCUGAUAUUGUCAUUGAGGGCAUCUCAGAGAAGCAGAAAAGGGAGCUUGGCCAGCGAAUAUCGUCCAAGAUGGGAGAAGAGCAGCAGUGGUUUGCUGUCUAUGAUAUACUUUUCCACCCACACCCGCGUCCUCGAACACCAUACCGUGACAGAGAAUUGUCCGAAGAGUUGUGCCGUUUUCAAGACUUCAUGACCGCUCGAGGACCAACGAUUUUAACAGAAGUCAUUGAGGCCAGGGGAAUGGAUUUGGCAAACCUUCCUCAAGAAGAAAGGAGCUUAGCUUCGUUUAUGCGAGAGAGACUCGGAGAGGGACUGCAGCACAUCAUAGACCAGUGGGCGAACGACAAUGCGAGUGCGAGUUCAACGGCGAUUGGUCAGAGCAGCGUUGAUCAUAGUCGUCGCUCAUCCCUAACCUUGGACUCGGGCAUCGCGAUGCCGGUUGAUCAUUUGCAAACAGUGGAGGAGAAAGGCAAGAAGAAUAGUUCGUCUACGAAUAAUGAGAUCGAACAGCGACAUGCGUUGGAGGCCUUCAUGCAGUCUAAAGGCCCGUGGUUGAGAUUCGGAGCCGAAGAUGGAAUUGAACAAGGGCCGUCACAGUCUGUAAUGGACGGCGCAGCAAUACCGUCGGAUGGCCUCCUGAGUGAAACCAGCCGAAGCGAUAUUGUAGAAUCAGCCGGCCCUCCCUCUACGUUGCAACCCACAGUCUUACCAGAGUAUUCGGAGCCCAUCGAUUUCUCCGUAACUGCUGAGACUUUGAAUCUAAUCAAUUUCGACAUAGAGUGGCCAGCUUGAGUAAGAAAAGUUUUGCUCGUCUGACUGUAAAGGUACAUAUGUAGGUAACUUGCAUUAAGCCAGUGAUGCAUAUCUACAUAACUACUAGGUAUGCAUAUAUAGAGGGGCUAUUGACUGGGUACAUGCUUAUAUAUAGUAGUACCACGUCAUUGGAGCUACCGAGAUCAUUCAUCACGGGAUUUUGUGGCGCUGAUUAGCACUUAUGUUAACAGUUCAAGGUU